UUGACACACUUUGUCUGUGCACUUUGACAAUCAAUGCCAGUAAAAAAGGGAGGCGUUUUUCUCAGUUUUCUAAUUUUUCUCAUUAUUACUAAUUUCUAUGAUAAAACUAUAUUAAUAUUAAAAAAAUAAAAAUGAUUCGCUUCAUCCUAAUACAAAAUCGAGCGGGCAAGACUCGGUUGGCGAAAUGGUACAUGAAUUUCGAUGAUGAUGAAAAACAGAAGCUGAUCGAGGAAGUCCACGCCGUGGUGACCGUCCGUGACGCCAAGCACACUAACUUUGUUGAGUUCCGUAACUUCAAGAUAGUGUACCGGCGGUACGCAGGGCUUUAUUUCUGCAUCUGUGUGGACGUCAAUGACAAUAACCUGUGCUACCUGGAGGCCAUCCACAACUUUGUGGAGGUGCUCAACGAGUACUUCCACAAUGUGUGUGAGCUCGACCUGGUCUUCAAUUUCUAUAAGGUAUACACAGUAGUGGACGAGAUGUUCCUGGCUGGGGAGAUCCGGGAAACCUCCCAGACGAAAGUCCUCAAACAGCUGCUCAUGCUCAACUCCUUAGAAUAAGAUGCAUGUUAUAUGAGUCUCAUACUUGAUUCUAGCCUUAAAAUAAUUUAUCUUUACAAAGUAAUUUAUAUAAUAUAAUGUACGAAAAUAAAGUUAUAUUGUAGAGUAGAUGAAACUAGAAUAUUGGUGUUUGUAUUAAUUGGCAGUU